AUGGAAAAUAAGGACGAAUUAUUGAGACCUCCCUUUUUAUUGCGACCGCCAACACGGGACAAUCCCUUGGGCCAUGCGCGUCAGGAUUCUUCGCCGCCGACGAGUUCUGCUGGGGGUGCUCAAGAGCCCAUUGAAAAUGGAGUCGUUACCUCCCCACAAGUGAGUCUGGCUGGCAGCAUCUUUCAAGAUGCAAAUGACCACGAAUCACCGACAAGCGGUGGUUUCCAGCCGCAGCUGAAAAGCACGUCCAUAGCUACAUCCUCUUCUGCCCUGCUGGUGAACUUGCCGACCAUCUCCCGGAACAAAGCGCACGACGUCUUUUUGGUCGCGGAUGAUGUUCAAGAAUAUCUCGAACGGGACCUUGACCACUCCCGGCUCAAUAGAAUUCAUGGACACCUUUGGAUGGCCGGGAGACCCCUCAAUGCUAGGCCGAUACACCGACAGAAGAUGAUGGGGUUUGAUAUCAUUCUGACCGAGCAAGCGGACCUCCACCUCCUCAAGUUUUCCAACAAAAUUUUCAUCAAGCCACUUCCGGAUUAUUUGCUUAAUUUUCAAUUCUGGGAGACGUAUCUCUGCAAAUCCGAGGAUCUUCACAAAUCCGCCUGUGGAAUCUUGCUCUCCUAUGUUUGGCUAAUCUGCUCGCCGCUCGAUCUAAACCUGGCUCAUAAGCUAGACCUCCUUCCGAGUGAGAUAACGUGGCUCUGGUGGAAGAGCUUCGUGGCAGAGUUCAUCUUACAUGUCGAUCCCAACGUUCUUGACAAGGUCAAUAAACGCUACCACUUUGGUGAGCUACGACUCGGAAGAAUCAACUCGAUAUACAGUAUUCGCUUUUUCUUUACGCACUUCAUUCGCGGCUACUUGUACGGCUACAACCGCUAUACAGUGUUCUUCCAGCGUAAUUUUGCUUGGAUUCUCAUCGUAUUGGUCUAUUCUUCUCUUGUACUCACGGCCAUGCAGGUCGGCGCCACGAUACCACCACUGAAUACGAACACCGCCUUCCUGCGGGCUUCUUACGGCUUUUCUGCGUUCUCAAUCAUCACUGUGGCUGCAAUCGUGGGCUCUGUGGGAGUGAUGUUCGUUACCAUAUUCUUGAUCAAUAUGGUCCUGGCGAUUCGGCACGCGAAAAAGAAAAGGAGGGACCGGAAACUUCUCGCCCAAAAGAACGACAAAGGAAUAGCCAAGGCUUAG